AUGUCUGAGCCCAAUGUACGUGCAUCUUUUGCGGAUAAUCGCCGUCCGCUCUCCAAAACAAAGGGACAGCUUUUGAACAUGCCGCCGAUGAUCACAUCCACGCUGUAUACCGCAUUUCCUGCUAUCUACUUACUAGAUAAAGUGCUUGCCUUCUUGACCUGGACAAACGAUGAUCCUUAUACCAAUUUCAUUGUCAUUGCGAUAUACAUCAUGGUGGUCAAAUAUUGGACGGUAGUAGCGUGUACCGUACUGCCCGCACUCAUAGCUUUGGGCACGUGUGCCUCGUUGUGGUUCCUGAAGACCACCAUUGACGACUUGCGAUCGGAGACGGCUGCGCCCACCAUUGAAGAAAUUAUCGACACGCUGAUCAAUAUGCAGGCGCGCUUUAGCUACUUUGUGGAGCCGUUCAGCUGUUUUGGGUCCUUAUCCGGCUCGGACUAUUUCAACCUAGGAUUCAGCCUUAUAGCUAUCACACCUUGUUACAUCUGGCUAAUGACGCGGAUAUUCACAGUCAGAUCAUUUUUGCUUGUCUUUGGCGUUGCGUGGUUGUCGUUCCACUCGUCAUGGUCGGUUGCGACCCGACAUCUGCUGUGGAGAAGCAUUGUCAUACGCAAAAUACUCACAUUUGCUACAGGUCUCAAAUUCUCACUAGUCGAUAAAGACAUCGAAUUGACAGUGCUGAACGAUUUCCAGAUCUCGAACGUCGGAACAGGCAAGACUGUGGAGUUCCGUAUCCUCCAGAAUCAGCGAAGAUGGCUCGGAGUUGGGUGGUCCAACACCUUGCUUCCCUUUGAACGCGGACCUUUCACCACCGAGGAUUUAGAGAAGUCGUGGGACUCUCUUGAAAGCUUCCAAUUUCCAGAUAUCACACAGGCAACCUGCCGGUGGAGAUGGCUCGACGCGAACUGGAAAACAGACGACACAUUUGCUCCAGGCGAGGGGUGGAUCUAUUGCAACAACAGCUGGGAAGAGCCAUCCAAUUCAGACUCGCUCACAAGAUUCACACGCACUAAACGCUGGAAAAGGCGUGCGCUGGUCAUUGUCGAGGACGACAGAGGCACUUAG